GACAGAGAGAUUCAUAUUCAUUGAUUUUAUUCAUUUUACAUUUAGUCUGGCGAUAACCUUCAACGUGCUUAGACCCAUUCCGAUUGUCAGGGUUUGUUUAGUAGUUUUGUUUGUAUUAUUUUUGUUCAACAUUGCGUCAUUAAUUUUUGGUAGGAAGAAAUGACUACCUUAAAAAACAUGACAGCUUGCUGGUUUCGCGCAGUGCCAACAAUAAAUCUUAAAUUGCAACAAAAUUGCAAGUUUUUCAGUGUUCAAACUGUCAUUAACCCUUUACCUAAGAAAACAACUUUUGCUGAGACAGUAAUUAAAUCACAACCUGUUGCUGAAAAUAAAGAUGUGAUCAAAAAGAAAUCAACAAAUCCACUGACAGAUUCAUUUGGGCGCCACCAUACGUAUUUGAGAAUUUCAUUGACAGAACGUUGUAAUUUACGAUGUAAAUACUGCAUGCCUGCUGAUGGUGUUCCUCUAAGUCCAAAGUCCCAUCUCUUGACAAUAGAUGAAAUUUAUUAUUUGGCCAAAAUAUUUGUCGAACAAGGAAUUCGAAAAAUUCGACUCACUGGUGGAGAACCAACCAUCCGUCGUGACAUUGUCACAAUAAUUGAAAAACUUAAACAAAUUCCAGGCUUGGAGAAUGUUGGUAUAACAACAAAUGGUCUUGUUUUAACCAGGCUGUUAGUACCAAUGCAACGUGCUGGCUUAGAUGCAAUAAACGUUAGUUUAGACACUUUAAAACCACACAAAUUCGAAGAAAUAACACGCCGCAAGGGAUGGGAGCGAGUUAUAGCUGGACUUGAUUUGGCUAUUCAACUCGGUUACAAACCAAAGAUCAAUUGUGUCCUUAUGAAGAAUUUUAACGAGGAUGAGAUUUGUGAUUUUGUUGAAUUUACCAAAGACCGAAAUGUUGAUGUUCGUUUUAUUGAGUAUAUGCCAUUUAGUGGUAAUAAAUGGCAGACUGAUCGGUUAAUGUCUUUUAAAGAAACUCUUGAUGUGAUAAGAAAACAGUUUCCAAACUUUGAGCCAUUAGAAAAUGGACCAAAUGACACAUCAAAAGCUUUUACAGUACCAGGCUAUAAAGGACAAGUGGGUUUUAUAACUUCGAUGACUGAACAUUUUUGUGGAACAUGUAAUCGAUUGAGACUAACUGCUGAUGGAAAUAUCAAAGUUUGCCUUUUUGGCAAUAAGGAAUUUUCACUGAGAGAUGCAAUCAGAAAUAAUUGCUCGGAAGAGGAUUUGAUUGAACUUAUAUCGACUGCAGUGCAAAGGAAGAAGAAAAGACAUGCUGGCAUGCUGAAUUUAUCUCAAAUGGAAAAUCGUCCUAUGAUACUUAUCGGCGGAUAGUAUUUUAUGUUUUUCUGAUCAUUAUUUCAACUGUAGACAAUGUAUGUAGAUAAUAUGUACAUAAUUUUAUCAUUUAAGACUAUCAACAUUCAGCACAAUAUGACAAAUGGAUGGGCAAUAAUAACAAUCUUUCUAAAAUGCAGCUUAACUUACUACUAACCCAAACAUCUUCGUCUACAAAACUUUUUCAAAGGAAUUUUUGCCAACUGACUCAUGU